AUGAAGGUAUUGAAGGAUCUGAUAUUAUUGGUCAGACAUGCCGAAAUUGAGGCAGAAAAGGAAUCCGCAACCACAAAUCAAGUCCUGGCCCAAGACGAAAGCGUAUUCCCACAGAAGGAGGAACCUGUUCACAUUACAUCUGAUACUCCUCUCGUUGACGAUCUGCAGGAAGGAAUAUGGGAAAAUGAAGAUUCGUCUGAAACAAAGGGACCAGUUCCCCGUCUUCUUCCCAGACAUCCUAAAUAUGAUUCGGCUGGUAACAAAUUUUUAACAGUAGUUGACGUUUCAGGUUUUCAUCAUAUCCCAGUUGUCUGGUGUUCUUGUGAGGAGAGACCCCACUCCGAAACACAUGAAAUGCAGCUUCUGGAUCUGAAGCUAUAUCCAGCCUCCUAUACCGACAUCAACACAGUUUUUACUUUUGAAGUACUCAACGACCACCGACUUGACAACCUGGAGUGCAAAUCCUCGUCCUAUCAAUAUCAUCAAAAGCUUAGAAGAAAGACAUCAUUUGCAUUUACAGAUUAUGUCCCUAACCGUUAUGCGGAGUUGUGUAGAGUCUCAAGACAAUGGAGGAAUAUCAAGACUAGGAAGUGGUUUGGACACAUCGAUGACAGUAAACCUGAACGCGGAUCCUUGGCUUUAUUCUGCCCAACUUGUCCUCAACCAGGUAUAAACCUACCCGAAAAUUGGAGAGAAGAGGCAACCAAAAAUCCAUAUUUAUUCACCCGGAGUGUUACAGCGGAUGGAAAUUUCAAAGCAGACCAUCUUCAACAAAGGAAUAGCGCAGACGAUGUGUGGCUUACCGAUGGAGAGUCGUUCAUGACCAAUAACCAAAGAUAUAAAAGACAUCUGGACACCGCGAUUGAAAUUAAGGAGCCACCAACCUGCAACAAGUUCCGUGCUGAAAAUAAUGCUGAAAGAGCUCACAAUGGAUGUGACGUUACAGGGGUUGGAGGCCAUGCCUGUGCUAGGCAUGGAUGCUUCGCACCCGGAAGUAUGGUGGACUUUCAGAAAGGGGAGCGCCAAAUGAAUAUCGAUUGGUCACUGUGCGAAAUGUUACAGACUACAAACAUUGACGAGACCCAGAAACUCCUCCAUAUCUACGACCUGGGUUGCACUUAUCUCCAGAAUCUGGAGAAAAGAAUUGCAGCCAAUCCCUUUCUGACCAAGCCAGAUAAGUUGGAAAUCAUUAGAGCCAUAGGCUUAUUUCACGUACACGGCCACCAGGACCAAUGCCUCUACCGAUAUGCCACUAACUAUGUACCCGGUAGUGGUGUAGUUGACGGUGAAAUUUUAGAGACUUUGUGGGCAGUUCUAAACUUGGUUUCCAGAAGUACAAGAACCGCCUCUCUUGCUCAUAGGACGGAAGUGCUCAACGACCACAUGGGUGACUCUAAUUUCAAAAAGAUGGUCAACAUUGUUUCAAGUAUCGUAUCUAAAUAUCGUCGGGCGGUCAAAUAUGCUGCUGAAAGCUCCAAGUACUUCUCUGAAAUUACAAAAAUCACACCAGUAGACGCCCGAGAAGAGUGGUUGCACACUAUUACUGCCUGUGAAGAAAGAAGACAGCAAAACAUAGCCGAAAUGGAUUAUAUGCGGUCAACGGUUCAAACAGGAGCAACACUUCAGGAAAUAGAAACAAAGCUGAUCAAGGAAGACAUAGAAACACUCACUCCAGGAGCUGAUGGAACAACAGCCUGGCUAGUGUCUGGACUCAAAAUAGAGGAAGCCCAAAUUGAUCUUCAGCAACAUGUCAGACGUCUGGGAAAAUCUCCAACUUCCGCACAAGAGUUGGACCUUGCAAAGAAAAGACAGCGCCUGGCCUCCCGGAUCAGAGCGUUCCAUAAUCUAUCCGGAAGAUAUCUUGGAGAAGCUACAGUGUUGCAGCACAGUCAGAAAAGUGACAUUAUCAUAUUUCCAGACGGAAAUAUCAGUGAUUCUGAUUUUCCGGAUGCUCCACCUCCUCGCUCUGUCGACAUUGAAAACAACAAGCUUGUUUUCCCCUCGGUGGUGGAAUCCUCCGAUUCAGUGGUCCUUUCUAAUCUAAAAUCCCGUGAAUUUGAACUUCGACAAGGACAGGCAAAUGAUUCACUUCAAAAAGACGGCGACAACAUCAUCUCAGCACUUAAAGUCUUGGGAUGGGGUUCGCUUGCUUAA